AUGGAUAUCUCCUUUGACGAGUUCUUUGCUAAUAUCGAGUAUGCCAUGACCAGUCUCGCCCGGGACCGCCACUUGCACCAGACAAUCCAGGGUGUCACGCACCAGUCCAUGUUGGACGCCAACGACGAGCACCUUCUUGAGAAUCCCAUCUUCAGCCAGCUGGCUCAUUUCCAGAGGAAGCAAGAUGCAGGCGCCACGCAGACCGGCAAGGUCGACUUGAAAAUGACUCUUGGUACCGUGAAAACGAUGGAGGAGGCUGAGCAGCUCAUCCGGGACGCCACGCUGACCAACAUCGAGUUGAAGAACUGGAUGGUGCGUACGUCCCAAGUCAGCCUCCAGACGUCGGAACUGGGCGGUGCUGGCAGCAUUAUGGCGCUGGCAGCGACGGUCGCCUCGCGGUCGAAGCUGAUCCCCGACGGCAUCCGCCAAUCGCGGCCACAGGAGGCCAACACCCAGGCGGAGAUUGGGAAAGUCCCAAAGAACGGCGCGUCGGGCCCGAAUCAUAGCUUCUACUGUUGCAGGGCGAGCAAGGAGCUACCUCGGCACCCACUUGUCGACCUUGACGAGGCAGUCAACGACCUCCUCAACGGCAUCGGCCAUAUUACCCACACGCAGGAAGAGUAUGCGGAGCUCAGCCGCAAGGCCCACGCCCUCGCUGCACCGGGCAGUCUCGGCCGCAGACUGUACAACCAGCUUCGCGCCAAGGCCGAUGACCCACGGGUGGAGAGCUGGAUCGCUGGCCCCCUUCUCAAGGCACUGUACCUCAAGCGGAGAUAUCCUAUAGUGCCAUUCAGCAGCUUUCUCGGCACCCACUUUGACACGAGCGGCUGCGCUUACCAGGCCCUGUGCGAGUUUAAGCAUGACCUAGAUUCUAGGAAACUGGAGCCCGACUUUCUGGGAGAGCGGCCAAACUGCGGCUACUCUCUGACGUGGCUUUUCAACGCCCUGAGAGAGCCAAACGUGGGCUGUGACAAGAUGAUGAGGUAUUCGGGGGUGGAGCACAUCGCCGUGUUGCGAAGAGGACACUUGUUUCGCGUGUCACUCAGGGAAGGAGACGACAUCGCCUCGUAUCCGAAGCUGAAAGCAACAUACCAAGCAAUCCUUGACCUCAGUCUUGAGGAAAGGCUCUGGACGGGUAUCCUGACGACAGACAACCGUGACAGUUGGGCCACAAACCGACAGAAGCUCCUCUCGCUGGACGCGAGGAAGGCCGCGUAUAUCAAAACGUUGGAGAAAUCUGUCAUUGUCAUGUGUCUUGAUGGCAACAGCCCGGUAACGCGUGAGGAACGGGUCCGGUCCGGGUAUCUUGGUGACUCGUUCAACCGCUGGCACGACAAGACACUACAGCUUCUCGUCACGGUCAACAGCAAGUCCGGUACCAUCUUCGAGCAUUCCAUGAUCGACUUCAUGACCACGUCUCAGAUCUCGCGGAGGCUACAGGGCGCCAUCGACACCCUGGACCCAGAGAACGCCAACACCGGUCAGAACGGUCGAGUCGCCGUCGGUCCCGCCAGUUUGGAGGAGAUCCCCCUGGUGGCGACGACGGCGGAGAUCGAGGCUCUCAUGGCGAUGCUGCGCGACAAGUACGCCGCGACCACCGGGGCGAAGAUCUACACGCCGCACCUUGUCCCGUCGUUCGGCAAAGCCGUACUCCUCGCCCACUCGGCGCCCAUCAAGGCGACCGUGGACCUGACGAUCCAACUCGCCAACCGGCUGUACUUUGGCUACCUACCGGCAAGCUGGGAAACGGUGUCGACGGCGCACUUCCACCUAGGCCGGCCCGAGAUCGUGCAGAUGGUGCUGAAGUCGGUGGUGGACUUCUGCGACGCGGCGCUCGACAGCAGCAUCGUCAAGGGCGGCGAGGGCCGCAACUACUUCCGGCUGAUGGACGUGCUUGAGGUCAUGAGCCACGAGGCGCACGACGACGGCGCCGCCGACGCCGAAGCCGUUCCUGAGCUGUUCUCCGACCCGGUGAUGAAGAGGAGCUACCCGCGCCUGAUCAUGCAGACCAUGAUCGAGAAGAAACUGGCCCAGGAUCCCGGCUACACAAUGGAGGACCCAGAGAACGUGUGGAUGAACUACACCGUGAAUGAAGAUUCUCUGGAGGUGUGUUUUGUCAGUCCUCGAACGGGCGCCGAGCGCUUCAAAGCUGCGCUAGACCGUGCGGCAGAUAUCGUGAAGACGACUAUUCAGGCUGGUCGGGCAUAA